UUAACAAUCUGACGAGUUUAUAAAUGAUGAAGCGUGGGAGCAAAAGAGGCAGGUCUAUGCAAAGGAGGUUAUUAUAUUUAAUGUAGUAGGAUUAUUGCUGUAAUAUAGGCCAUUGCAUUGACAUUUGAACGCACCAAUCAGUUGCUGAGGAGCUGAUUGAGGCUACUUCCCUACACUGGAACAGCUGAAGGGAAGCGGACGGACGGCGGUCGCACCAGAUAUCUCCUCAUCAGCCGAGUCGGACACAGAGCUCCGCAGACAGAGAGACAGAGACAGACAGAGAGCCUCCGUUGCUGGAUCGUGUCUGCAGCAGGGAGAUGGCCGGGAUUCUGGCGUGGUUCUGGAACGAGCGCUUCUGGCUCCCCCAUAAUGUGACCUGGGCUGACUUAAAAAACACAGAGGAGGCGACGUUCCCGCAAGCAGAGGAUCUCUACCUGGCGUGUCCUCUGGCUUUCUGCAUCUUUAUGAUUCGGCUGGUGUUUGAGAGGUUUAUUGCCAGACCAUGUGCAAUGGGGCUGAAGAUCCAGGCUAAUGGGCCACAAAAGGCACAGCCCAAUGCUAUCUUAGAGAAGGUUUUCACUGCCAUAACCAAGCAUCCAGAUGAGAAGAGGCUGGAGGGCCUGUCCAAGCAGCUCGACUGGGACGUGCGCACCAUCCAGCGCUGGUUUAGGCAGCGGCGUAACCAGGAGAAGCCGAGCACCCUCGCAAGAUUCUGUGAAAGCAUGUGGCGAUUUACAUUCUACCUGUAUAUAUUUACCUAUGGAGUGCGCUUUCUUAAAAAGACCCCAUGGCUGUGGAACACUAAAGAAUGCUGGUACAACUACCCUUACCAGCCCCUGACUGUGGACAUCCAUUAUUACUACGUACUGGAGCUGUCUUUCUACCUGUCAUUACUCUUUUCUCGAUUCACAGACAUCAGGAGGAAGGAUUUUCUGAUCAUGUUCCUGCACCACGUGGCAGCAAUCUCUCUCAUCGUAUUCUCAUAUGUGAACAACAUGGCACGAGUUGGAACUCUGGUCAUGUGUCUACACGAUGCAGCUGACGUGCUGAUAGAGGCUGCCAAGAUGGCCAACUAUGCCAAAUGUCAGAUACUGUGCAACCUCCUCUUUGCAAUGUUCGCAAUUUUCUUCAUAACUUCCAGGCUGGGAGUUUACCCCAUCUGGAUUUUAAACACUACUUUGUUUGAGAGUUGGGAGAUUGUGGGCCCCUAUCCAUCCUGGUGGGUCUUCAACCUCCUUCUGGUCUUACUGCAGCUUCUUCACUCAUUCUGGUCGUACCUCAUAGUGAAGACAGCGUGCAGAGCCAUCUCCAAAGGAAAGGUGGGGAAAUGGAAUCCUUUACAUGUUUCUAAAGAUGACCGCAGUGACAUCGAGUCCAGCUCUGACGAAGACGACAGCCCCGCUCCCAGUCAGAAGCAUCACAGCAGCGCCACUAAUGGGACCAACAAAAACGGGACCAACGGCUACCUGACAGGAGCCCUGUACCCUGACGAACACUGACUGAGCUUAUAUCAUGCGAAUGGAGCCAUGCUGAAGUCACCACCCAGUUAUCUGUGUGUCAUCAGCAUGUGUGUGUGUGUGUGUGUGGGAGUGAGCAUUGUGUGUGUAUGAUGCAAACAUGAACAUCUCAUCUUUGUAAGUUAUUGAUAGAUUUAUGUGAAUGCGGUUUUUGUCAUUGGUUCUUUACUAAUUUUGUUGUGCGAUUUAUUCAAUGCGGAUAUAUAUUUGCAUCCAACUGCACUUACAGUACAGACAAAUAAAAAGGAAUCAGUACAAAGCAGGAAAGUGUUUCACUUUAUGGUCAAAGCAUGCUACAAUAACUCACAGCAGUCUGUCACACAGCAGGAAAUGUUUCCUUCUACGUUUGUCUCUUCCUUUGUUAUUUAAUUUGUAUGAACAGGUUUGCAACUCUUAGCCAGACAUCUUUUCUUCUCUUGAUGUCAGUGUUGACAUGAUUUCCAAACAGAAACACAACUUUGAUUUUUCAUUUGAACAUCAUAGUAUUAGCCGGAUCCAGUUUUAUUGCUACUCCUCCAAAGAUUUGCCAGAAACGUGAGUUUGGUGUCCCUGACAAAUGAACGAUAAUGUGAACUUUAUGCACAUUUGGAAACACAUCCUUCAUUAAAUCUGUAUAUGAGAUUUCAAUAACAGUACCAUCUGUGUGUGCGUCCGAUAUGGCGAGAUGCUGUAUUCUUUAUCCAAUCAUUUUGUUAGGAAUUCUCGUACAUUUAUGGUUAUCAUUAAAUUAAAGCGAUUUGUCCUCUUAUGGGGUAGAUACACGAGUUGUUUAAAUGAUUCAAUAAUAAAAAAUGCAAU